ACAAAUAGAUAGAUAGAUAGACAGACAGACAGAAGACCGCCAGGACCUAACAGUAUGACAUUAUGAAUAAACCACAGUAUUAUUAUUUUGCACGAAUUCAGAAUUUAUCCUUAAAAACCGUGACUGAAAGUUGUUAACUACGACAAUGAUAAACAAUAACAACAAUCUACUACGUGGUGGUCACUAUUCAGAUUGCUUAAAAUCUACACACGAAGUGUUUAACUUUUGUAAACAUCUGUCGCAAAACAUCCUGUCGAGUACACCCUCCGCUAAUAUUAUUUAUUAGUUUUCUUUCUCGCUGAUAAACUCGUAAAAUAUCCGAGAAAAUAUUAACAGGAAAUUAUUGAAGAGAAAAAGCAAAAUAUGUCAAGUAUUUCGCGAUUAAAAUGUUUUAUACAUCUCUUAAUGUGGGGAAACUAAUUGAACAAUAAUGGGAUUGUCUGCCAUCCGCAAUGACCACCGCCUAUAUAUAAAUGAAGUUCAUUUACUCUCAUACAGCAGUUGAGAGAGAAUUUUGAAACCAAUUGGUCGCUAACAAGAGAAAGAUGUCGUUAAAGUGUGCAAUUUCCUGCCUGCUGUUGUUUGCCAUCAUCACAGCAGUGAACUCUGACAUUUUCUGUCAAAGUCCCCGUGGUUCCAAUAACAGACUCAAUGAAAAAUCAGCCCAACGCAAAGAAGCAAACCGUUUGUUUGACUCUCAGAACAACAACAAAGGUGGUUACAAUGUUGGUGAUGCUACAGACGCAGCAGCAAAGAAGGUCGAAGAUCAAUACCAAAUGAAAUACUUCCAGAGUGCUUCCAUAUCAAGGAAAGAUCCAAAGAAGGGCAAUACCUUUCUGAAACUGGAAUGGGUCAACCAGCAUGGUUGUGGCGUAGAUGAUGAGAAGGACCCAAACAAGAAGCGGUGCAAUAUAAUCUUGCAGUACAUGUGUCAGAAAAUGAACCCUGACGAUAAGCUUGACGUAUUGAGAGAUGGAGUGAACACUAAUAAACAAAAUUUCAAUGAGAAAAACGUAAAUCCCAAGACUCGUAAGGAGAGUCAUAAAAUUAAGGGUAAAGCUGUUAAAGCAGAUUCUGGCCUUCACGAGACCUGGGAUUGGUAUCACAAAUGUUAUCAACGUGAACGAAAUAAUGGUUUAUUUGCUGCUGACCAAAACUUGAAUGAUAAAAAUGGUUAUAAGCGAGCCACUCAAACCCGCCAGAACAAUGGUGGGGGCAGAAGUGGUUAUGAAUGCCCAGAGGAGAGAGAUUAUUAUCCUUACUGGCACCCAACCCCGUGGCUUGAUAUUGCUGUCUUUUCUCAAAAAUCUGAAGAUUGUCAAAAUUACCGUGAUAAGAGCUUCAAUCAGCAUAAUUAUGGAGAAUGUGUAGAGUUUUACCCAGAUAAGACAAGAAAAUGUGCGUCAAGAUAUAACAAUAAAGCAGCGUGUGAGAGUAACAAGAAGACUUGGGUUGAGUUUUCUAGUUACCUUGAGAAAGCACCAGAAUAUAAAACUGCUGAAGAAUGCAAGAAGGCCAAAUCAAAAGUCAAUGUAGAACAUGUGUGGGGCCUUCCUUGGGACACCAAAAAUAUCAGCCACAAAGAAUGUUUGGUGCGUGCAGAUGUUCCCGUAUGUCAGAAAGCUGCUUAUUCUAGAACAAACCAUUUGGGUAAUGGACUCUCAGGAACAAUGAAUUCCUUUAUGUGGAAACUUCCUUAUUUUCCGUCUGGUAAUGAAAAGCGCUGCGUCUUCAGAAUCAGAUACAACAUCAGUACGGAUGACUAUGACCCUGCCACGACAACAGCUGCACAAAAUGGUAAAAAGUCUCCUGUUCAAAAUGACCCUGUCGUUAAUGUUGCUGGGCUGCCCCUUCAACUUGCUAUCAAUACAGCCCAGUUCGGUCGGGUCUUCCAGGACAGAAGUCACGUCUUCCACCUGAUGCCACGGCCUAAAGAUGUGACACAAAACAUCCACAACCUGAACGUCCGAGGUAAACGCGGCAACAUUGUACAAACCUUCCCAGCUGUGGAGUACGACUUUGUACCCAACUCACUAACUAUAAAUUCCGAUGAUCUGGUACAUAUCCAGUGGACAGGUAGCAACACACACAACAACAACAACGACGGCAAUGAUGGGGAAGGUAAUGCCGGAACUGAUCGCCACAACAUCGUUCAGUCAAAGCAAGCUGGUGUCAGUUACCCUCUGCCUUAUGGCAAUACCACUCUUUGGAAGAACAGUCGAAUAGUUUGGAUAUAUCAUAAAGAAACCAAAAUAGGUCCUCAAGAUCUUGCUCUCAGUCUGGCUUCGUCAGGAUAUUAUACGUGUGUGAACUCAGCGAAAUGCCCUGCUGCCCUUGCAAAAGACAGUUUGAACAAGAAAGCCAAAAUGAACAACGUUUUAAACAAUGCCCCUGCUUCAUACAAAGGUGUUUUACUUAGUAUAAAGAAGGGCAAUUAUUAUUACUUGUGUAGUCGAAACAACAACUUCACAAACAGGAGCCAAAAGGGUGUCAUCCAUGUGAAAUAACUGAACGUUUCUCCUCAGUUUACUGCUUGGCAACAAGGGAUGAUGUUACCUUCAACAAUUUAAGAGUUCUUACUAAUAUUUGUUUGUUUUGACUUUAACUUUGAAAUCCACACACACACACACACACACACACACACACACACACACACACACACACACACCACACACACACUCACACACACACACACACAGCUAGAUCGAUAGAUGAUUUUCUUUUCACUAUGUUCUUUACAACUAAAAUGCUUUUAACUAAAUCAGCCCUUUUUUUUAUAUAUGUAUUUUCUUGAUAUUUCAAUCAUGAUGACUACACACACACACACACACACACACACGUGUGUGCGCAUGCACAUGCAUACAUAUAUACAUAUAUACUUACAAAUGUAUGUAUAUCUGUAUGUAUGUAUGUAUUGAUGUCAGUUAUCUUUACAACAGAAGGUAGAAAAAUAGUCGACACAUCAGACAGAAUUUCUAUAUUUUAUUCGAGGAUAAAGUUUCUUGAAUCAUUCCUCAAAGUUUCUUGUUGGUGAUUGUACAAAUGAAUCUUUUGAAUAAUUUGCAAUAUAAACCUCAAAAUAAUGAUCCGAGAAGCUUAAGAUACACAGACACACCCACACACAUACUCACACACACACACAUACAUGCACAUGCACACACACGAUCAUUUCUAAGACACUGACAUAGGCUAUUAUUGCUAUGACUUCUGGAAAUAACAUUGCUAUUAAUAUGGGACACGGGUGGGGUGCUGGAUGCACUUUUGCUCGGGGACAAGAUGCCGAAAAUUAAAAUAUAUGAUAAUCAUUUUAUUCCUACAAUAUGACCAUUUGACACACUGAAUUACUCAUUAAACUAUGUAGGUAGGAAUGAGUUUAUUAUUAUCAUUAUUAUUAUUAUUAUUAUUGUGUCCGUUCGGGUUUUUGGCUUUGACUUCUGGUCCUUCAGCAAGUGUGUAUUCAACAUCGUGUCCAUGCAUGAUUGAUACACUUCCUCUAACUGUAAAAUUCGAUAUCAUUGCUAUCAUACCGUUAACAGUAUUUAACUUCAUAUGUGUUACUACAACAGUUCACAUUUUCUUUCUUUUGUCGCUUACAGUUUAGGAUUAUAUUAGUCAUACCUAUAAGACACCAAACAUUUAUAUGCCUGUUUAUUACCUUUUGAUCAUAACCACAGGCUAACUUAGUAUAUAUAUAUAUAUAUAUAUAGUUUCACCAGAAGAUUGCAUGAAGACAACAGACAUGUUAUAAAAUGUUGUCUGCGUUGUUUUCAUUGAAUGAAACUAUUGGUAGC